CCACCACUUCUUUCAUGCUACAAGUAGAGUGUGCCCUAAAAAUCAACAGUACGCAGACACCUGGGUAUCCAUCCAUCCAUCGCCAAUGGCGGCUUCUCUUUCCUUUUCAUCCGGAAAACUCUCACUUGCCAAUCACAGAUUUGGUCACUCCUCCUCCUCCUCCUUAAUUAGUUGCAGGGUUAAUUUCAAGGAAAAUGGAAGGCCGAAUACGCAGACAACUCUGGAUACUGACCAACAAACCAUGCCUAAUUUUUCCACUUAUAAUCAGUUUUUGAAGAACCCAAUAAAAAAGGACGAUAACAGACUUAGGAUUUUUUCCGGGACGGCUAAUCCUCUAUUAUCUGAGGAAGUUGCAUGUUACAUGGGGUUGGACCUUGGAAAGAUUGAUAUAAAGCGUUUUGCAGACGGGGAAAUAUAUGUGCAGCUGCAAGAAAGUGUUAGAGGGUGUGAUGUGUAUCUUGUGCAGCCAACGUGUCCACCUGCAAAUGAGAACCUUAUGGAGCUUUUGAUUAUGAUAGAUGCUUGCCGCAGAGCGUCUGCAAAGACUAUUACUGCGGUUAUUCCGUACUUCGGAUAUGCAAGAGCUGAUCGCAAGACUCAAGGACGGGAAUCUAUUGCAGCUAAGCUUGUUGCAAAUCUGAUUACAGAAGCAGGAGCAGACAGAGUUCUUGCUUGUGAUCUUCAUUCCGGGCAAUCAAUGGGCUAUUUUGACAUUCCAGUUGAUCACGUUCAUGGUCAGCCCGUGAUACUUGAUUACCUUGCCAGCAAGACAAUUAAAACUGAUGAUUUAGUAGUUGUCUCACCGGAUGUUGGUGGAGUCGCUAGAGCACGAGCUUUUGCCAAAAAGUUGUCGGAUGCACCAUUGGCCAUUGUUGAUAAGCGGCGCCAGGGGCACAAUGUAGCCGAAGUAAUGAAUUUGAUUGGUGAUGUGAAGGGUAAAGUAGCAGUUAUGGUGGAUGACAUGAUCGACACCGCUGGUACUAUUUCCAAAGGGGCGGCCCUAUUGCAUCAUGAAGGGGCAAGGGAAGUUUAUGCAUGCAGCACUCAUGCUGUUUUUAGUCCACCUGCGAUUGAGAGGUUGUCAAGCGGUCUGUUUCAAGAGGUGAUUAUAACAAAUACUAUUCCCAUAUCAGAAAAGAACUAUUUUCCACAGCUGACUGUCCUAUCAGUGGCAAAUCUACUUGGUGAGAGCAUUUGGCGUGUGCACGAUGACUACUCUGGAGGUUUUGAACACUUAUCUGGCCUGGGCAUUGACUGAUACUCUCAACAAUAUAUGUCUAGCAUGGCUUUCAUUACUUCCAUCUGGCUCAUCUCAACUCCCUCUUGUGUACAAAUUUAGUCCCUUAGCAAAUUCAAACUCUUGUUGUGUAAAGGCCUGCGUAAUAAAUUAAAUUACACCGACGACUUCUUGUGCAUUUUUCUCUUCAUUGCGGGAGAAAAUGGGAACUCAUGACCAUAUCUUUUUCCUUGACUGUCAUUGUAAUAUGAAACAUAUCCGUGUGCA